AAAACUGCAACAACAAAUUAGUCUAACCCCGGCUGCACCAUGCGUCUGAUCUCACUUCUUCCACUUUGCUAUUUUUUGGUGCCAAUUCGCUCGCACGACUCCUGCAAGGACUUGCAGACCUGCCACGAGUGCAUCCAAGAGCCUGAAUGCUCCUGGUAUUUGGGAACGAACGUAAGUAAGAAAUUUUUACAAAAAAUAGGAAAGCUUUCUAAAUUUCUCCAAAACAUCUGGUGGACAUGUGACUUACUUUGAGCGCAUCAAACGUGACAGUCAGCCGCUGCUUCCGCAAUGAUGCCAAAACCACCGGAAAGUAUAAAGAACACGUUUACAAUCCCAACAGCACGGUCAGUUUCGUCAAACACAAUCUACAAAAAAGAAUUCUACAACUGCGGAAAAAUGUCCCGGUCGUUUUGGAAGUCAUUCUGACGGUUCCACACGACACUAUUCUACUCCCAGACGUGGAAUAUAUCGAAAUUGAGUUUAUUCGCAACUCGUCCAGGCAUGGUAAAAUUACAGUUGAAGCAGUAGAGUGUCCUGAAAAUCCCUCACAGCUCAAGCAAGAGAUUCACCUUUUCACUAAAAAAUCCUCCCAAAAUCUGACUCUAGACAUUGAGCUUUUAUGCAAAUGUCCUUGUGAAAAACCGGACGAAAGUUACUUCAAUCACCCACAGUGUUCCGGCCGUGGUACUUUAAAAUGUGGCAUUUGUAAAUGCCACUCCGGAUUUGGAAAAUUUUGUGAAUGCGAUCGCCCUGUAGACACUAAGGAUUGUUUUUACAAAAAAAAAGAAUGUUCAGGGAGGGGCACCUGCGUGUGCGGAGUUUGCAAUUGUGAUAAAAGAGCAAACUAUGAAGAGCGAAUAUUUGGAAAGUAUUGCGAAUGUGACAAUUUUUCCUGCAAGCGUUUCCGGGGCAAAGUGUGUGGAGGCGAAGGACACGGUUUUUGUAACUGCGAUCGCUGCUUUUGCUACCCAGGCUGGGGAGGAAAAAACUGUGGUACUCCCGACAACUGAUCACGUUUUCUCAUUUUAUGUAUAAUAAAAGAAAAACAGAUGUUUUUCCAAUUGAGCAUUUCUGUAAUUGAACCUUGAAAAAUUGUUUAGAUUCGAUCCCCAGAUGCAACACUUUCACAGAAAUGGUUUUAAAACGUAUCUUCAUCGAAACUCGAGUCGUAAGCAAUAAUGAAUUUCAGACGCUCGAGCUCGGUGAAAAGGGCAGCGUUCGUGAAAAGAAUCUGUAAAUAGUAAAAGCGAACUAUUUUUUCACUAAAACGCUCGAAUCGCUGCAAAACAUUUCCUCCAGUCGGUGGCAGCAGCUGAAUGGAAAAUAAAACAUCAACCGGAGCAAUCCCUGCUUAACGAACUUGCAGUGAUCAAUAGUGGGUUUUUCCCUGCAAAUGUUUAAUCGCCAAAAACGCCUUUCACUUCCCAAAACUGCGCCCCCAGAUCUUGAAACAAUUCAAACUUCACGCUUACUACUUGAUAUUUCGCUUCUAUCUUCAAUCACGAGGAACUGAUGCAACGUCGACCUUUAACACCGACUCUCAUUGAAAGAAAUUUCCACUUGUUCAGUCGUUUUCAACGCGGCGGCAAAAAUGCCAUUCAAGCCGAUAAUAAUCCUGUUGAUUCUGAAAUGUAUUCAAGUGCAGCCCGGGGACAAUUGCGACUCUCUUAGAAAAUGCCAGGACUGCAUUCAUGCACCGUCGUGCGGCUGGUACCUCCAAUAUCGUUCGGCUAAUGGAUCCGGCUGUUUCGACAGCGAUUAUCUCGAGCAACAUAAAACCGACACCGAAAACGGCUACUCCUUCCCACCUAGAUCCAGUUUUCUCAUUGUCAAAAACGAAAAGGGCAACCCGAUCUCGCCGCAAGAAGUAUCGCUCAAUCUGAGACUCAAUGAGCCCUUCACUUUUCCCAUAACUCUGACACCGCAAUGGCCCCACAAAAGCGUCGCUUUGAGACACAACCUCAAGAAACAACAAGUCGUAAAGCUGACGUUCUUCACCAAGUGCGACAAUCGCGAGAUGACCGAGAGCGACAAAUGCGACAACGUUCAAUUGGGUGAACCGGUGACGUUCUGGGUCAAAGUGGAGCAGAGACAAUGCUCGAAAAGACAACCCGAGCAAAUAAAACGGAUCAAAAUCCGGCUCACUCCGGGCGAUGCGGUUUUUCGACUGGAUUUGUACGCUUACUGCUAUUGUCCUUGCGAAAUGGACGAUGCAGUUUCUAGUCCUCAAUGCGGGAAAAAAGGCAGCUUCAAGUGUGGCGUUUGCUACUGCAAGGACGGUUUCGCAGGGAAAGAUUGCGAAAUCAAUACGUCAAAUACGUAUCAAAACUGAUAAUAAAUCCGCUGAAUGUGUA